AGUGAUUUAAAAUUAAUUUUCUACCUCUAAUUAAGGUGCAAAUAGAUGCUACUAAAAUUGAAUUUUUCUUUUCUUUUUUGGUACUUUUGCAACUUGUAUUUCUUCAUUUCCUCUCUUCUUUGCAUCUUCAGAAUUUCUACUCUUUGCUGCAAUUUUAUUUGUGUUUUAUUUUUGAAGGUGAAUUUGACGUAAUUGGUAAAGUUAUUGAUGUCGUAAAUUUAGCAUAGCCUCGUGAGAUCAAAAUUCAUGUGCGAAGCUUAGUGCACCGGGCUACCCUCUCAAAAGACCAUCCGCACACCAAAUGUUUGUUAUAAUGCCUAGCUGACGAAAUUUCAAAAUAAAACUUUUCAGAGAACUUUCAGUAUUUCAAACAUCUGUAGCUUCUCAGAAUGAUUCAUAGGCGAGUUACAUCAGUCUUAAAUCUUGGUGGGAAUGCGAUAUUAUCGACUGUGAAGGAGCUGGGCAAUGUUGGUCCAUUGUAUUCAACUGUAUCAGCCAUGGAAACUCUACCAAGAAAGCUGAAAAAGGCUGAAAAAAAACCAUGGGUGACGAGUGUUAACGAGCUUAAGCGGAGAGCAAGAUUUGAAAAGCAAGAGAGAAGGGUGGUACGUGAAGUUGCACUGCGGCCACCGGAAAAUGGGCUAUUAGUUGAGAAGUUAAUCCCUGUUGCUCAUCGUGUGUUAGCUUCAAGAGCUCAGUUGUUAGCUUGUGUUUCGAGGAUUUCGGAGGAAAUUCCUAUUUAUUUCUGCAGCUUAUGUACCGAAGUUCAUGUUGGUCAUCCACCACAUAAGAUCAGAACUUGCGAUGUUAGCGGCAGUCAGAAGAACAAAGAGCAUACAUGGCAAAGAGGGGGCGUAGAUCAUGUAUUACCUGUUGUACAAUCUUUUCAUCUCUAUGACAGGUUAGGAAGAGCUGUUUCACAUAACGAGCGACUUGAAGUUGAUCGCAUCCCAGCCCUUGUAGAAUUGUGCAUUCAGGCUGGUGUGGACUUACCUGAGUACCCAACCCGAAGAAGGAAGUUCCCCAUUUACCGGGUUGCUGGAAAACUCAUAGAUUUUGAGAAGAGGUUUCCCAAGGAUGAUUUGUUCGGGAAGGACGUAGAAACUUUUAGGUCUAGGGAAACUAUUAAGAAGCACAUCGGAGAUGGAAAUUAUUUGAAUUUACCCUACGAUGACAUAAAAGGAUUCGCUAUGCGAGGAAUGGAAGCUUGGGAGACUAUGCGUACUGGAGCCAUACAGCUCAUGAAAACUUAUGGCGUUCAAACAUGUGGAUAUUGUCCUGAGUUGCAAGUCGGGCCAAAGGGGCAUAGGGUUAGGCAAUGUCAAGCCUUCAAGCACCAGAUGAGGGAUGGACAACAUGCUUGGCAAGAGGCAACAAUAGAUGAUCUUCUCUCCACUGUAUAUGUUUGGCAUGUCCAAAACCCGCAUGCUGGUGACGUUUUGGUUGAUUCUAUGAAAAGGUAUUAUGGAAAGUUACCUGCAGUCGUUGAACUGUUUAGUCAAGUUGGAGCACAGGUCGGAGAUGAUUACUAUCACAUGAUGAGAGAUGAUGUUGUAGUUCCUGGACGAGAUGAAGAAAAGUUAGUUGUAUAAAGCUCUGAAAUGCUGCCAACAUAUUGGCAGAGUAGAAUCAACAUUAGACCGAAGACAUUGUUUGCUUGGUUUGAUUUCUGCUAGUGAGGAUAAACCCAAGACUGUAUCGUUGCCAGAGCUCGUUUGUUGUUAGGGUAAAUCUAUGCAGUUUCUGGCAAUUGAAACUUCAACUUCAUGUUGAGAUACAACCAACUUUUCUUGCCUUUAAAAUUAGGACAAUGUAUAGAAGGUACUAUUAUUAGGAAAAGUAACAAUAGUUUCAUAUCGA